UCAUCAUCAUCAAGGACAUGUUCCUCUCUAUCUUCGAGUCUUUUUAGGUGAUCUGUUCUUUUCUCUACAAGAUCAUGGUGGCUCUUUCAAUGCAUGCUUGUGAGACUGUAAAACAUCUCUCAACACAGAUUCUCUCGAUCUCGUUUUACUUCAAAGUGUGUGUUCAUCAGCUUUUCUUUUCAAAAGUGACGGUGGUGGAAUACGUAGGACGCUACCUUUGAUCUUUGUUUAUCAUUUUUUCUCCCCACCGAGGCAAUGCCUAAGCGGUCUUUUAGAAUGUGACAACUGCUUUUAGAGUGGUGGCCAAUCAAACCCUCCGGUCAUGCCUGUGAUUGCUCCAUGCCAUUGCUGAAGAACAAAGUACUGAUUUGUUGAGAGAGGGCGAGUAUCUUGUUGGCAGGAGAACAACAAGAAGAACAUAGCCAAAGGCCUGGUUUUUUGGCAGUCCACUGUAGCCAGGUCGAGAGUUGUUAUCAGGUUUUCGCCAUACUCUGUUCCUCCUUAACUCUGGCCGGUGCUCUAUGCAUCGGCAUUCUUGUUCAGAUGCAAUCACCAGCGGUCAUAUCUUUUUUUUGCUAGAACUCUGACCGGUGUUCUAUGAAUGGUUUUGGAGGAAGAUCGAAGCAAUGGGGCGGAGACUCCUCCUCCUCCUCCUCCACCCCAUCAGAACCAGCUUACAGCAGAGACGGCUCCUGGAGAGAUCUGGGAACGUCGAUGAGCGCGAUAUCGUUCGGUCUAGCUGCCACUGCGAUCCUGAUCUCCAUGUUCCUCGUCAUGGCGAUAUUCGAGCAUGUGAUCAAGCCGAGGGCGUCCUUCCUUCGUCCUCGAAGCAGCGCACCGGGCGGCGCCUCAGAGACGGAGCAGCCGCCACCGAAUUCGAAGACGGUUUCCGCGGCGGCGGCAGCAGUCGACGUUCCUGUGCUGAUGCCGGGGCACCAGUACCCUACCUUCAUCGCCCAGCCAUCGCCCCUUCCCUGCCGGAGGGAGGGGAUUCAGUGGCCUCCCCAUGAUGCUGCUUCGCAUUGCGCCACCUUCUUGUGAAUGCGGUAGAAGACAGGGGCAUUGAGACUGGUUUCACGCGUGCAAUGGAUUGGAAGCUGCUGAAGGAAAUCCCAACUGAUCAAAUUGAUUCAAGUUUUCAAGUUUAGCGAAUCUGUAUAUUAAUUUAGCAGAAAUCUGGCUCACGAUCCAGUUAAUACAGUGGAAUUGUGGCUCGGCUAGGCGACUAGGUGGAACAGUGCCAUGUGUGGUUUUAACCGAGCUAGAUUGUGCUCGUGCAAAUUGGUCAUGUUGCACCCCCUAAUCUCUAUCGAAUUUCUCAUCCUUAUCAA